UUCCAUUUUAAAGCAUUAAGGUUUUCAUUGGCUCCUUGAAGGAAGUAUCGUGACUGCACACUCAUACAUUGGUUGAAGCAACGUUUUGGGAGGAAACAGAUCUUCAAAAGCACGCAAACCAACAGUAAUCAUGACCUGCCCAAACUGUGGAGAAUGUCAACAAUGUAUUAAUGAGCUCGACAGCUCCAUUGUCUGUGGAUCGUGUGGUACCGUUUUGGAUGAUCCGGAUCUAGUUUCAUAUGACGAUAAUGUUGUGCAUCGAAAGGGAGGGAACGAUGCCUUGAUACCCACCGAGAGCUUAUGGUUUCAAAGGACAGCAACAUAUUAUGGACUUCCAGCUGAAUAUAUAGAAGCCGGGAAGAAUUUAUACAAAAAGCAUCGAUUGGAACUUCCAAAAUUAGCAUACAAUGAAAUCAGUGUGGGCAUUAUAUGCUAUGUAGGCAGGGACCUGAAACCUACAUGGCAAUAUGAGGACUUUAUUGCUGCCUUCCCGUAUCCUUUGCAUAAACCAUCGGUUAUCAAGACGUUUAUAUGCGUAAGUGGAGCUUUACCGUCCUCAGAAGCAAAGUUAUCAAAUCAAUUUGAUUACGCAACGGACCAAAUAUACGGCAUAAUAAAAAAGGAAAUGUACCCACGUAAGGCUCCAAAAAACUUCACCUCCGAGAAAAUGAAAUCCUAUUGCAAAAAGCUAUUAAGUUUGGGUGAAAAAUACGGCUUGAAUGCAGGGAAAAAAAUUCGGCCGUUGAUUACAGCUGCCGCGUGCUUAAGUGCCUUACAUUUACAAACAAAACAGCCUAUCAGGCGGGUCAGAGAUAGCAAGCGCGUUGGUGAGAUCAAGAAGGAGUACUAUUUCAAUUGGAAAUUUAACCGCUUCUCAUGUUUUGUCUUUGCAAGUCCAAGGUAUAUCCAAGACACCUACAACGCUUAUUAUCAAAUGAUUUAUCAAGGUGUAAAACGAUUAGCGUGGAUAAAAUGUGAUAAUGUUAAAGACUCUAUAUUCUAUCUAGACGAUUUUCUAGACUUUUUCCUAGCCACAGACAACCAAAAACCCAAGAUGGAACUUGAUAGCAUAUUGUUUUGGCCAAGUUCGUAUAUGAAAAGCUUAGCAAGAAGUGAAAUACUAGAAGUUUAUAUAAACGAAGCCAAGCAGCAUAUCACUUUAAAAACAAACCCCGAGGACCCAUUCUCAUUAGUCAAUUCCAUCAUCACCUUGUUAAAAGCUGGCUAUGACGAAAAGGAAUUUAUUGAGUGGACUCCUGGUUAUAUGCGCUCCUUCAGUAAUAUGCUUAUUUUCAGAAAUGCUUAUAUGUCAGAUAUACAGACCAAUAGGAACCUUGAUAAUCCAUUGGUAAAUUCAAAUGAUAUGAGUAACGAAGAAAUCAAUAUUUAUCUGGUAUAAUCGGUUUACAAUAAAGACUCUCUUCCCAGGCUGCUCAAUUCCGAUAAAGUUUUCAAUAUUCCGG